CUAUAUAUAUAGAUCAAACGUUCCAUAUAUAUAUAUAUCCAUACCUUCUCAAACGAUCCCUUCCCUAGCUAGCGAAAAGAAGAUCGAAGAAAGAAAAGCUUUUGUACAAAUGGCUGCAAAAGCUCAUUAUGAUGCAGACCCCCUCGAGCAAGAACAAGAGUUAGAAGGCGGCGGCGGAUAUAAACUUUAUCCAAGACAACUCAAUAUCGUAUGGGGCAAUGACCCCCGCUACUGGCGCAUACCUGCAGGGAAGGGGGAUACUGGUCCUGCAGAAUUGAUACAGGUUUGUUGGCUGGAGGUAACCGGUUCAUUGCAGUUGGAGGCUAACAAGACGUAUGAAGUUGGGUUCAAGGUAUCCCUGACACCAGACGCGUUUGGUUGGAAUGGGUGUCCUGUUUACGUGAUGGCCAAGUUUGGGAAAAGGGGAAAGUACUCUUGGAAAAGAGCAACAUUAAAAACGGAUAAAGCGGAAGAUCAAUAUCAAAUUCCUGAACAGGUACUGAGUAUCAAAUCUGAAACUGAAAAUACGCUCUACUUCGGUUUGUAUGAAGUGUGGAGCGGGAAAUGGAAGGGAGGUCUGAAAAUUCACGAGGCAAUCAUCAAAAAAAAAUAAACCCAUAAUACAAAUGGAUGUGAUCUAUCAUGUAUUUAUGCAAUAAGUGUUUAUUAAAUAAAGUGUUUUGGCUUUUAUGUUACCCCAAAUAAAAUACAAUUCCCACUGUUGGAAUUAUUGGGAUAUAA